CCUCCAUUCCGGCUCCCCUCCCCCACGCACAGACACACACUCCGAUCUUGGCCACUCGGCCGCCUUCGGCGAGAGGAGAAGCAGAAGCCGCUCCCCUACCGGCGUGAGGUUUUGUUCUUUCCUCCUCUGGCCGCGUGCGCGGUGAUCCCACCUCGCAGACUUCCGACCAGUAACCCCUCCUCCCCGCCCCCCCUCCCCUCACCCGCGUCCCUGGUCCGGUCUCUCUUCCCUUCUUCUCUGUUCGGUUUCCGGCUAACGGUCUCCCCCCUCGGAUCCCGGCGGAACUAAGCAGAGCUGGCUCGACGGAGCCAGGCCUGCGCCGGGGGAAAGCGAUGUCAGGUGGAGACUCGGCGGCCGCCGCGGCCUCUCCUCAGCCGUUGCCCUUCUCGCUGCCCAAGCCUCCUCCCCUGAUGCAGCUCAACCCCGGCGAAGGCGUGCGCCCUGUGGGAGCCCCCGGACCGGAACAGUCGCCGAAAAGCGCUCGCAUGGGAGGCCGGCCGGACUGGCCUGCCGGGAAGCCCGUCAGUCUUCUAGCACCUCUCCUUCCGCCGCGCGGGGAACCCGAACCGCUCCUUCCCUUCGGGCCGGCCUCUCGCCAGCCUCUCCGCGGGAGACUCCUCGGCAGGGGCGGCGGCGGUGGCGGCGGGAACAGUGCGGGCAGCGGGAGCCUCCUCAACCCUGCGAUGAGGCUGGGCGCCGGCGGGGGAGGAACCGGCGGCGGCGGCGGCGGCGGCGGCAUGGGCCGAGAGUCUGUUAUGAUGGGACAUCCAGGCAUGCCUCACUAUCCACCCAUGGGAAUGCAUCCUAUGGGCCAAAGGCCGCCCAACAUGCCUCCAGUAUCUCAUGGGAUGAUGCCUCAAAUGAUGCCUCCAAUGGGAGGACCACAAAUGGGACAGAUGCCUGGAAUGAUGCAGUCAGUGAUGCCUGGAAUGAUGGCACCCCAUAUGUCUCAUGGCCCCAUGCAGCCAACAGGACCGCCAGGAGUGAAUAGCAUGGAUUCACAAAUCGGUUUAGCUCCCCCUGGGACUCAGCCUACGCCUCCAGUUUGUACAGUGCAACAAGCCACUCCAACCAAUAACUCUACUAACGAAGAGCCCUCAAAACAGAAAUCUACGUGGUCAGAGCAUAAGUCGCCAGAUGGAAGAACAUACUAUUACAAUACUGAGACCAAGCAGUCUACCUGGGAGAAGCCAGAUGAUCUUAAAACCCCUGCAGAGCAAUUGUUGUCAAAAUGCCCAUGGAAAGAAUACAAAUCUGAUUCUGGAAAGCCUUAUUACUACAACUCUCAAACAAAGGAAUCACGUUGGGCAAAACCCAAAGAACUGGAAGAUCUUGAAGCAAUGAUUAAAGCAGAAGAAAACAGCAAAUCAGAAGAAUCUGUUCCAGUUUCAUCUGCUGCGGUUGCACCAGGGAUUCCAGCUGCUGUUGCCAAUGUUCCUGAAACACCAAUACCUGUACCCUCAGCCCCUGUUGCUCCUGCCGUGGCCUCAGCUCCAGAAGCAGAGCCUUCUGCUGUGACUCCAGUUAUAGAAAAUGAUGCUGGGGUAGCUCCUUCAGCAGACGAACUGGUGCAGCCAGCGGCUCCUUCUGCUGUACAAGAACAGAGCAUGGAGGUUAUCACAAACUCUGUGGAAGAAAUGCCAAAGCAAGAAUCCUCGGAUGUUGUACCCAAAAAGGAAGAAGAGGAAGCCCAACCAGUGAAAAAAACUUAUACUUGGAAUACAAAAGAAGAAGCCAAGCAAGCAUUUAAAGAACUAUUGAAAGAAAAGCGUGUGCCAUCCAAUGCCUCUUGGGAACAAGCUAUGAAAAUGAUCAUUAAUGAUCCAAGAUACAGUGCUUUGGCAAAAUUAAGUGAGAAGAAACAAGCCUUUAAUGCUUACAAAGUCCAGACAGAGAAAGAAGAAAAAGAAGAAGCAAGAUUAAAAUACAAAGAAGCAAAAGAAUCUUUUCAGCGUUUCCUUGAAAAUCAUGAAAAAAUGACAUCAACAACCAGAUACAAAAAUAGGAUACAGUUGUUCAAUAUUUGUGCAUGUCUGUCAUAUCAACUAUGGUCAAUGCUGCAUUUUAGGAAAACAUCACUAUAUUUUAUAUGUCUGUCUUUUUUUCAGGAACAAGCCAAACAGCUAAGGAAGAGGAACUGGGAGGCAUUAAAAAACAUUCUGGACAAUAUGGCUAAUGUCACCUACUCUACCACAUGGUCAGAGGCUCAGCAGUAUCUGAUGGACAAUCCUACAUUUGCAGAAGAUGAAGAACUUCAGAAUAUGGAUAAGGAGGAUGCCUUGAUCUGUUUUGAAGAACACAUAAGAGCACUGGAAAAAGAGGAAGAAGAGGAGAAACAGAAAGGCUUACUCAGAGAAAGGCGACGACAGCGAAAAAACAGAGAAUCUUUUCAGAUAUUUUUGGAUGAAUUGCAUGAACAUGGUCAGCUGCACUCAAUGUCAUCCUGGAUGGAGUUAUAUCCAACUAUUAGUUCUGAUAUUAGGUUUACUAAUAUGCUUGGUCAGCCUGGUUCAACAGCACUGGAUCUUUUCAAGUUUUAUGUUGAAGAUUUAAAAGCCCGCUACCAUGAUGAAAAGAAGAUAAUCAAAGAUAUCUUAAAGGAUAAAGGAUUUGUAGUUGAAGUGAGUACUCCUUUUGAAGACUUUGUAACGGUCAUCAGUUCAACUAAAAGAGCUACUACAUUAGAUGCUGGAAAUAUCAAACUGGCUUUCAAUAGCGUAAGUUUUUUUUUAAAUAUAUCAAUAAAUAUUCGAGAGAGAUUUGUAAAAGAGCCAGCAUUUGAAGACAUCACUUUAGAAUCGGAGAGAAAACGAAUAUUUAAGGAUUUCAUUUAUUUACUGGAGCAUGAGUGUCAGCAUCAUCAUUCAAAGAACAAGAAGCACUCUAAAAAAUCAAAGAAGCAUCAUAGAAAGAGGUCUCGCUCUCGUUCGGGCUCAGAAUCCGAAGAUGACGAUAGCCAUUCAAAGAAAAAGAGGCAACGCUCAGACUCACGCUCAGUUUCUGAACGCUCCUCCAGUGCAGAAUCUGAGAGAAGCUACAAGAAGUCAAAGAAACACAAAAAGAAAAGCAAAAAGAGGAGACACAAGUCUGAUUCUCCGGAAUCGGAUGUGGAUCGAGAAAGAGACAAAAAAGAGAGAGAAAAUGAAAAAGAAAGAAGUAGACAAAGAUCUGAAUCUAAGCAUAAAUCGCCACCUAAGAAGAGACCUAACAAAGAUUCUCACAAUCCUGCAACCAACAGUGUUCGAUUACAAGAAACAUCAGAAGAAGCAGAUCAGAUUCGGGGUAAUUGGGAUACCUCUGGUAGUGAAUUCAGUGAAGGUGAGCUUGAAAAACAAAGGAGGACCCUCUUGGAACAACUGGAUGAAGAUCAAUAAGAAAUAUUUAUACCAAAUAUGUUUACAAAUUUGAUUUAAUAAAGAUAUAGAUGACUAAUUUCAGGAAAUGGAUUCCAAUGUUCUGAGUUACAGUGGCAUAAUUGUGGCUCUUCGGUUCUCUUGCGUAACUAAAUAUUGACACAGGUAGCAGUUUGGCAAAGACGGUGAACAUUCAGGAUUCAACCUGAAGUCCUAUUUCUUAUCAUCUAGAUAGCCUGUAUAUAUCCCCCCCAUGUACCUUUCCAUUCUUCAGACAGCACAUUAGGAUGAGCAGAAAAGCUUUUUUUAAAAUAAAAUAAAAAAACCCUUUAAAAUAGUGGCUUGGAAAAGUAUUUAAGCCUUUCAGGCCUCUCAUCUCUAAAAUGGCUCACACUCGAAAGUCAUUAACUUCUUUUCCUUGUCAAAGAAGGUCCAAGAAGCUCGGUAAUUUUCUUGCAGUUCCAAUUGGGUUGGGUUGUUACUACUUUUCAAAGAGGAAAGGAAGAAGGAAGAUGCUUUUUUUCUUGUUUUGAUUUAUGGUAAUCCAGGAACCGGUGUUAGGUUUUUGAGAGUUACCUUUCUGGCCAAAUUGAUGAUGGUGAUUUCUAUUGAACACUGACCGUAGGUUGAAAUGUAUACAAGAGUUUUUACUCAGAGCUUAAUUUUUAGUGUUAAGUUUUAAAACUGUGAAAACUAGACGAUUGAUGGAAAUCCUAUUAGGCCCUUAAUUAUAAAUUUGGUAAAAUAUACUUAUGAAAUAUCAUAGCUAUUACUUUUAUUAGAGAAGAAAAAUCUGGAAUAUUUAAAAAUAAAAUUGGUAGAGGGCGUUGUUUCAGCAAAUCACAAAAUCAGACUGUAAAUUAAUUACAAUAUGUUGCCUUAAGGACUUUCCGAAGAAUGUACCACCAAAUUUUGAAAAGCAGUUGCAAUACUCUUGUUUAGAAAAUCAAUGUUGAUGUAAUAUUUUUCAUUUAAGAUAUGUUGAUCUGAUGUUUAAAACUUGUUUUCCUUUUGUUCUGUUCUCUUCCUUUGUACUAAAUAACUUCUAUCUGACGUUGAUUUGAUGAAGUACUAUCUAUUCAUUCAGGAGUAUUGACUACUGUGGUACAGACUAAAAUCUUUCUGAUUUGAAUAUUUUUGUACAUUUUUAUCUCUUAUUAAACCUUGUCUUCUAGUGUGUA